AUGGUAUUGCACUCGCUUGAAUUCAUAUCCUCGUCUUCCACAAAGAUGCAUAACUACAUGGUGCGGGCACCAGACCACACCAACGAAGGUACCCUUGCGCGUCGCAUGACCGUUCAACCCAAGCACGUACUAGUAGCUAUCACGCUAGAAGUCAAAGUAGCUGGUGGUCUCUUGAAGCCCGAAUCCCAAGACGCAGAGCCACAGGAUAGAAAGUUUGCAGGGUCCGCGCUGAUCAAUGAAGCAGAGAGCUCGAAGGAUGUGAGGGGGAUUGUGAAGGCUGAUCUGUAUUGGAGGGAAGGCGUUUGGGACAAGGAGAAAUUAGUCAUUCUUCCAAUUGUGAUGGCAUCUAUCCUUCAGGAGCGAGCUGGUAUUACUCAACCAACGAAAGACGAAGCCUAA